CCUUGGCGGAUCCAGGGGUCCCAUUGGCCGUGCGUCUCGAGGGGUCAAGACGCGAUUGGCCCGCGCUUUCAGCCGGAGGGAGGCACGCGGCUGGGGUGCUUGGCCCAAGAGGCAGGCGGGGGCCGAGAGGAGGGGUGCGCGCAGUGGCGUCGGGUGUUUUGGUUUGGCUUUUUUUUUUUUUUCCGCGAAAGAAGUUUGCGUUGGCCACGCCUCAAGGCGGCCGCCUCCUCUUACCCCCUCCCCCGCCCCUCCGCGCACACCUCUUGGUGCAGAUUGCAAAGCGCCUUCCGCUGAGAGAGCUGCAGAUUUUGCAAGAUCCAGGCUCGCCCACCUUGUAGAAGGAGCGCCUUGUGUCCCCUUGAACUCUGGGUUGCAAAGAGCCGGCUGCCUGAUUUGAUCAGCCCCUCACUCGGACUGCAUGGUCUCCAGGGACCCUCGUGAGUUGCACGUUUCUGCACUGAGGACUGCAAAUCUCCGUCACUCCUAGGAUUUGCGGUGAUCUGGAUACUGGAGGCUUGCAAGCUACGCUCGCCCGCCCCUGGGCAGGCACUCGCCCGGACCACUGGAGUGUGCCGCUGACUGGCAGGCCAGCUCUUCGCCUCUCCAUGAGCCCGUGAGCCUGCGGGCAGGUGGCCGGUGAUGGCGCGGCCCGUGAGCGACAGGACCCCGGCCCCCCUGCUGCUGGGUGGCCCAGCCGGGGCCCCCCCUGGCGGGGGAGCGCUGCUUGGGCUGCGGAGCCUUCUGCAGGGGACCAGCAAACCCAAAGAGCCAGCCAGCUGUCUCCUGAAGGAAAAGGAGCGCAAGGCGGCUCCGCCGGCAGCCACGGUCCCCGGGCCUGGCCUGGAGACGGCGGGCCCGGCGGAUGCCCCAGCUGGGGCUGUGGUGGGCGGCGGGUCCCCGCGGGGGCGCCCGGGGGCCGCGCCUGGCCCGGGUCUGUUGGCGCCGCUGCUGUGGGAGCGGACGCUGCCGUUCGGCGACGUGGAGUACGUGGACCUGGACGCCUUCUUGCUGGAGCACGGGCUCCCGCCCAGCCCGCCGCCCCCCGGCGGCCCGUCACCGGCGCCCUCGCCCGUGCGCACGCCCGCACCCUCCCCGGGGCCCGGCUCCUGCGGCUCAGCUUCCCCUCGUUCCUCCCCGGGGCACGCCCCCACCCGGGCUGCCCUCGGGGCCGCGGGCGGCCACCGCGCAGGCCUGACCUCUCGGGACACACCCAGCCCGGUGGACCCAGACACCGUGGAGGUGCUGAUGACAUUUGAACCUGACCCAGCCGAUUUAGCCCUGUCAAGCAUUCCUGGCCACGAGACCUUUGACCCUCGGAGACAUCGCUUCUCAGAGGAGGAGCUUAAGCCCCAGCCCAUCAUGAAGAAGGCCCGGAAGAUCCAGGUGCCAGAGGAGCAGAAGCAGCCUGCCUUUGCCAGUUCUGGGGUCUCCCCUGGUAAGGGGUGCCUGGGCUCCUCUCACCAGACUUCACCAUAACUACCUGAAGCACUGAGGGCUGACCUGUAAACCCAGUCUAGACCAGUGGUUUCUCCUGUCACAGGGCCCGACUGGAUUUACCCUAGUAAGCAGGAACUAGGCUUUAAUGAAAUGGGGGUGGGAGGAGAGCAUCUUUUGGAGCUCUGGGUGGUCCUGGUUACUGAGGAGUGAUCCUCCUCCACAGUCAAAUUCUAGGACUGGAGGACCCUAAACAGUGGUGUGGGGAGGUCUCAGGAUAGGCCCCUUUGCUACGGGACAGCUCUUCUAGCAGUCAGGACCUGUGGGGGAGAAGGCAGCUCUCUGGCCUCCUCCAUUCAAGGCCAGAGGGUCAAAGACUGGCUGCAGUUAUCGGGACCACCUAAAUUGCUGGGGAAGGAUGAGGUUGCCUUGACAACUAGGUCAAAAGGCCCCAGCUCUGGAAGGAUUUAUGGGACACAAAACCCCAUCACUAGGGAGCCUAGGCUUUCCUUAGCAACCAGGAUCUGAGAAGGUGGUGCAUAAGGCAGUGCUUUUUACUGGGAGAAGCCCUCAGACCCUGAAGGCCCUGUUGCUAGGGAACAAGCAUCCUUAGCAACCAGGGGCUAACUGUAGGCCCUUUGUCAAGCAAGGACUGGUGGGGUCUGCUUUGCACAGCGGAGACUUGAAGCCUAGUGCUUGGAGUGGGGAGAACUAUGUCACACCUAGCUGUUGCUAGGGGCCUGCUCUCCUUAGCAACCAGACCCUUGGGUACCCAUCCUAGGAGAGCCGUGGUAUCCUUUGGGCCCCACUGCUGGGCAGGAAGCACCCCAGAGGGUCUCUUAGCUGCCCUCUGGUCCUUGAAGGCACAAGGAAAGCUGCUCCUCCUGGCCCUUCUGGCCCAUAGUGCCUUCU